CAAAACGCUGUCUGUAAGGUCCUCCGCGCGCUGCAGCCAGGAGCUGCCGCCAGAGCCGGGUCUCUCUCGCUGAGUGCCUGUGUCUAUUCCCGGCUCGCCUGCCUUGGGGUGGCUGGAAAUUUGCUCCAAGGGGCGCGGGUGCUCGGCGGCGGUGUUGUCCAUGGCCCGGCCGGAGAGACGAUUGAAGGCGCCGGACCGGCUGGACGGGUACGCGACUCAGUAAUUGGAAACUGGAUAUACUCAUGUUCCAGUAAUCAGGAGGCAUCCCUGCCGCACUUCAUGAUCCAGGGGCGUGAGGCUCUGUGAAGUUCCUGAGGUGUACAGCAUGACCUUGCUGCUCCUCGGUGCGGUGCUGCUGGUGGCCCAGCCCCAGCUCGUGCCUUCCCACCCGGCUGUUCCUGGCCCGGGCCCCAGACAGCAGGAACUUCUGAGGAAGGUGGGUAGCCUGCCGGAGGACACCCGAGAAGGUGCAGCAGCCAAUGGUUCCACACAGCAGCUACCACAGACCAUCAUCAUCGGGGUACGAAAGGGUGGUACCCGCGCGCUGCUAGAGAUGCUCAGCCUCCAUCCUGAUGUGGCCGCAGCUGAGAAUGAGGUCCAUUUUUUUGACUGGGAGGAACAUUAUAGCCAAGGCCUGGGCUGGUACCUCACCCAGAUGCCUUUCUCCUCCCCGCAUCAGCUCACGGUGGAGAAGACUCCUGCCUAUUUCACUUCGCCCAAAGUGCCUGAGAGAAUCCACAGCAUGAACCCUGCCAUCCGCCUGCUGCUCAUCCUGAGAGACCCAUCGGAGCGCGUGCUGUCCGACUAUACCCAGGUGUUGUACAACCACCUUCAGAAGCACAAGCCCUACCGACCCAUCGAGGAUCUCCUAAUGCGGGACAGCCGGCUCAACUUGGACUACAAGGCUCUCAACCGCAGCCUGUACCACGCACACAUGCUGAACUGGCUGCGUUUUUUCCCACUGGGCCACAUCCACAUCGUGGAUGGUGACCGCCUCAUCAGAGACCCUUUCCCUGAGAUCCAGAAGGUCGAAAGGUUCCUGAAGCUGUCACCGCAGAUCAACGCCUCGAACUUCUACUUUAACAAAACCAAGGGCUUCUACUGCCUGCGGGACAGUGGCAAGGACCGCUGCUUACACGAGUCCAAAGGCCGGGCGCACCCCCAAGUGGAUCCCAAGCUACUGGAUAAACUGCACGAAUAUUUUCAUGAGCCAAAUAAGAAAUUCUUUGAGCUAGUAGGCAGAACAUUUGACUGGCAUUAAUUUGCCGUCAGUUAGUCUCGGAACUUUUCCUGUUGUAACUUCUGGUGUACAUCUGAAGUGGGGGGGAGGAGAAAAUUUUAAAAAGACAUUUAAGCUAUAAUUUAUUUGUAAAACCCACAAAUGACUUCUGUACAGUAUUAGAUUCACAGUUGCCAUAUAUAGUAGUUAUAUUUUUCUACUUGUUAAACGGAGGGCGUUUUGUAUUGUUUUUUCAUGGUUGUUAACAUUGUGUAUAUGUCUCUAUAAUAUGAAGGAACUUAACUAUUGCACUGAAAAAAAAAAGAUUUUUUUCUGGA